CUACGCAACGGACAUAUGAAUAUUAUGGCCCUAUCAUGUAGUGUAGCUAUAGUAGGCAUAGCAGCAGCAGUCUCAUGUCCUGUUGAAUCGCUUCGGUCUUCAUAGAUUUUAUUCAAGUUGAAAACAUGAGACGAAUUUAGAGUAAUUUAUUUGUCAUCUACUGCGUUUAUUGCAUUUUCUUCAAUGUUCCGAAACUUAAAGUUGAUUAGUUACCGGUGUUUCACCACACCUGUGAAGGGUGUCUGCCAAACCCCGGUACCGUAGGCCUACAUGUAUUAUAACUAUAGUAUAUUUACGGACACGGAGGUAACGGUGGAUUUCUUGUUGGUACUUGAAUACACCACACAUACGGAACAGCGCAUUUUACGACACACUAGAGAGCCUACAUAGUACGUCCAGCAGAGGGAGCUCCAACACUUGAUAUAGGAAUGUAUCCUGUUGAAGAUGACAAUAUAUACAUACUUACGGAUUUUCUGGUGAAUGUUGGAUGUACCUAAUAAAGUAGGAGAGCGGAUUUAUUUUACAUUAUGUUGUUCGGAUUUUGCCCUGCAGGAGGUUAUACUAGGCUAUAUAGAGUUACAUUGAGGUUGAGCAAAGGCCUGUUUAUAUGAUUUUGUUUAUUUUUUCCAUUUCUUUCGAAGUUUGUAUAAAACAACCUCCUAGUUGUGUAAUUAUGGGCUAUGGUGAGAAGUCUCACUAAAUUAGGUUUUAAUUGUAUUUGAGAAGUAAGAUCAUCCAAUGGAAAUAAAUGUAAUGGAGUUUAUUAUGUUGAAAUAAUCUGAAUAAAGGCUUUUUUGUAUUUUAGUUUAUAUCCGUCUGCGAUCUACUGAAAUCAUUAGCAGCAAACUUAGAAAUGCUGCUUCAUCUUCUCCCAAUGUCCCUGCUUUGAAUAACACCUUCAGAUGGCCGUGGAGAGUGGUAAGACUGUAGUGCUGGCAGCACUGGGCCGGCCCUUCAGUCUGGGGAUGCUCUACGACUGUCGCAACGACUCACUGAUCCCUGCUCUGACACUUUGGGACCGGGAUGCCUUAGAGAAAGAUACAGAUGAAAGGCCCCAACCCAACAGUGACUUUGAGAUAGUUGCUUCUGACUCCAUCGAAGACAAAUCUUCUGCAUUGAAUGUUGAAGCUUCACUCAAAGCCAGUUUUCUGUGUGGACUGGUUGAGAUAGAAGGCUCUGCUAAAUUUCUCUCAGAUUCUAAAAUUUCCAGAAAUCAGGCUAGAGUGACAUUAAAAUACAAAACCACCACCAAGUUCCAACAGCUGUCAAUGAAUCACAUUGGCAGAGGUAAUGUGAAGCACCCAUAUGUAUUUGAGAAAGGUCUAGCAACACACGUAGUGACAGGAAUCCUUUAUGGUGCACAAGCCUUCUUUGUGUUUGACCGUGAGGUGUCAGAAAAGGAAGAUAGGCAAGACAUUGAGGGCAAUCUAAAGGUGCUGAUCAAGAAGAUACCCACUUUGAAGAUAGAAGGUCAAGGUUCUCUGAACAUGGCAGACACGGACAUUGUAAAUGUCGACAAAUUUUCCUGCAAGUUCCAUGGGGACUUUAACCUUGAGAAACACCCUGUGUCCUUUCAUGAGGCCAUAGAAGUCUAUCAAAGCCUGCCUAAGCUAAUGGGAACCAAUGGAGCGAACGCAGUGCCUCAGAAGGUCUGGUUAAUGCCACUGAAGGCUCUAGAUUCUGCUGCUGCUCAACUGGUUAGACAGAUAAGUGAUAGAUUAGUCAGGGAUGCUCAGAAUGUCCUGGAGGACCUCAGCGAGCUGGAAAGGAGAUGCAACGAUGCAGAAAAAUGCACAACAGCCCAGCAAUUCCCACAGAUUAAGAAAAAUGUGAAAGCUUUCAAAGAACUGAUUUCUCAGUAUAAACUGGAGUUCCAGAAGAUAAUAGCAAGGAAACUCAUAUUGAUCAGAGGAGGAGGAGAGGAGGAAAGUGUUCUCGCAAAGAUCCUGAAAAAGGUUCAUUCUUCUCCUUUCAACACUAACGACCUGCAUGAGUGGAUGGAUUGCAAAGAGACAGAAAUCCAAAUCAUCAGCUCUCUGAUUGAGAAAAUGCCCAACAUGACGAUCGUCACCAGUCGCAGCACUCUGCACCAUGAGAUCCACAGCGGAGAAAUCACACAUGCUGUGUGCUUUUCUUUUACUUCCCUGGAAACUCCAGAGCCUUACCUUUCAGCUCUGUCAAACUACUUGGAUGAAACCAAAACAGACAACGUGCCAUGUGCUUAUGAUGUGGAAAAGGAACAAUGGUUCUUCUCAAAUGACAUAAUGGACAAAGUACAAGAGAAAGUAAAGCUCUUCAAAGAUUUUGCAGAAGCAAACAAGGAAAACAACAGCAUCAGGUUUCUAACAGCUGCGAUAAGUGAUGCUGAGAAGAAAGGUGCAACUCUCCACCUCUACAAGGAUGGCUCCUUAGUCACCGACAACUUUGAACCACCUUCGAAGCCAGAGAUGAUCCCAGGUGACAUAACCCAUAACAGUGUAACACUGAAUAUUUCCCCACCUCGAUUUGGGUUGAGAACUGUCACCCACUACACUGUUGAGUUCUGUGUCCAUGGAGAAGAUGUUUGGGAUCAACAAAUGGAGAGCAAGGCUGGAGAUGUCACAGUGUCCGGCUUGCAGAUUAAUCAAGAGUAUCAGUUCAGGUGUAGAGCCAAGUGCACAAUUGGCUUCGGUCCGGCAUGUAAAGGUAGCACUUUAAUUAAAACCUUACCAUCCAGUCCUCCAGAAAAACUACAAGUGGAAUGUUAUUCUACAGAAUUAUCAUUCAGCUGGGAGAAACCAACUGAGCUUGGAUGUGGAGUUGAGAUUGAGCAUUACAUCUUAGAAUAUGCUGAAGCAUCUCCAGAAGUUAAACCUGAAGAGGUUUUAUGGAGCAAAGUAACAUUCACAGUCAACGAGUCAGAACAGGUACCAUUUAAACAAGUCAUUACAGGGCUGCAGCCUUUGACGCGAUACACUGUCAGAGUCAGAUGUGACUGUGGAGUUGCUGGCCUUGGCAAAGAGAAAUCUGUAGUUGUGUGCACGGACAAGAAGGAAUUUGAGAGACUGGCUGAAUCAAUCAAAACAUCAAGCCUACCAAUGAAAUCUGGUUUUCCUUCAGUCUUCAAGCUAGCCCUGGAGAAAAAUGAUAUAGGGAUAGAUGGAUGCAAAAGCUACACAUUUGGCAAAAACAGCCUGAGGCGAAAUCGCACUGUCAUGAUUAUGGGGGCAACAGGUUCAGGGAAGUCAACUCUGAUCAAUGGAAUGAUCAACUACAUCCUGGGCAUAGAUUGGAAAGACUCUUUCCGCUUCAAACUAAUAGAUGAGGGCCAGUUGAAGUCACAAGCAGAAAGUCAGACAUCCCAUGUUAGCGCCUACAAAAUCAACCACCAAGAUGGCUUCCAAGUUCCUUAUUCUCUCACCCUUGUUGACACUCCGGGUUUCGGCGACACAAGGGGGAUAGAGAGAGACAGGGCGAUCACAGAGCAGAUCAGGAGACUCUUCACCUCGGUAAAGGGAGUCUGUGAGAUAGAUGCAGUGUGUUUUGUCACCCAGGCCUCUCUAGCAAGACUAACAGCUACACAGAAGUACGUCUUCGAUUCAGUCAUGUCCAUCUUUGGUAAAGACGUGGCAGAGAACAUUUGCAUGCUGGUCACAUUUGCAGACGGUCAGCAGCCUCCUGUUCUGGAGGCAAUCAAUGCUUCCAAAGUUCCAUGUCCUAAAACGGACAUAGGACUUCCAGUGCACCACAAAUUCAACAACUCUGCUCUGUUUGCGGACAAUAGAUGUGUUCAUGACAGAGCUGAUGAAGACUCUGAUGAAGAUAUGGAGGUCGACAACUUUGAUGCAAUGUUUUGGGCGAUGGGGGCCAAAAGCAUGAAAACAUUCUUCACUGCCUUGGACAAAAUGACCACCAGAAGCCUGCAGUUAACCAAAGAGGUUCUCAACGAGCGAAGGCAGCUGGAGGCGGCUGUGGAAGGACUCCAGCCCCAGGUACGGGCGGGGCUGGCGAAACUAGAUGAGAUCCGAUCAACCCAACAACAGAUCGAAAAGCACAACGCCGACAUCACUUCCAAUGAAAACUUUCAAAUUGAAGUUGAAAUCCUCCAACCUGUUCAAAUAACCCUUACCAAAAAGGGAGAGUACAUCACCAACUGUCAGCAGUGUUCAGUGACUUGUCAUUACCCCUGUGCCAUAGCAGAUGAUAGGGAAAAGAGUGGCUGUGCUGCCAUGAGUGGUGGGAAAUGCAGGGUUUGCCCUGGAAAUUGUGACUGGAACAUACAUUUCAACCAGAAAUACAGGUGGGACUACGUCAAGGUGAAGCAGAUGAAGACGGUCCAAGAGCUGAAAGAGAAGUAUGAAAAAGCCUCUGAGGCGAAGAUGACAAUCCAGCAACUGAUUGAAAACCAGGAAGAGGAGAUUGCCAAUCUGCAGGAUGUGAUAAUGUCGCUGAUGGACACGUCGUCUGGCUGUAUAGCUCGGCUGAAGGAGAUAGCUCUGCGGCCUAACCCGCUGAGCACGCCAGAGUACAUCGAGCUGCUCAUUGAGGGAGAGAGGUCAGAGGGCAAAGAGGGUUACCUGGCACGGAUUCAGUCUCUGGAAACAAUGAAAGGAAAAGCCCAAAUCAUAGCCAAGGUUUCCAAACGAGAGAAGCUCACAAAAACAGAGGAAGAAUUCCUUGUGGAUAGACAGAAAAGGCAAGAAAAAAAGGGAUUGUUUAAAAAAUGUUUGAAUUUCUUUGGACUUUAAAAAUAACAAAUGAUUUCUAGUGGGGAUGGGCAACAUUUUUUUUUUGUUUCAACAAAGAAAAUAUUUUAAAGCCAUGUAAUUAUUAUUGAGAUAAACAAGUCCGAUACUUUUAUCGUUUGUUUGAAUAAUAACAGCAAUUUUAAAGCACAUGUCUUAUUUUUAUUUUUUUUAUAGUUUAUAGUAAUGUUGGUAAUCGCCUGUGUUCGAUUCAACUCUCUUUGUUUCUACGGUUACUCCUUAUGUAAAUGUUUGAGGUAUUGGCUUUGCCACAACUUUGUACCGACCUGACACAUGUACAAUUUUUCUCUUUUUUGAUCCAACCAUCCCUUAUUUCCACAGUAGGGGUUCGGGGAAAUUAGUCAACAUCACAGUUAAUGACAUCCUUCUUUGUCUGCUACAUGAACUAAUUUAAAGCUUGGUCUAUGAUAUAAUAACACGGAUGCUGUUGAUGAAAACCGAGUAAGGAAAUUGUGAUCAAUAAUUGUUGGGUGUAAAUGUGAUUAUGUAAGAGGAAACUAGAACAGAGGCUGUAAAAGCAACAUUUACAAAUUUAUAAUCAUUAGCUGUAUGCUUGCUAUACGUCAUCUUACCCUUGAAAAAAUCAUCAUUAAAGAUUGAAAAAAGUCUGAAAUGGCUCAAGCCUAUUUUGGUUUUUAUAUUAUUGAAAGUUGUUGGUUUUCUUAAAUAUUUAAAAAUUAUUCACCUUAACUGGAUUGGUAAAGAGUUUAAUUCCCCUUCAACUGUUUACCGACCCAUGUUCCGAGUUGCACAACUGUAGAAUAUGACGGUUUGAAACUAAAACUGUGAUUCUGAAGAAAGUAUAAAUGAUAUCGAAAUUCUGUUUGGUAUAUAAUUUUUUGUGAUCAACAUCUUUAUUGUUUUUCAAAUGGAGGGGUGGGGGUUACAGACGUAUCAAAAGUCAUACGUAAAAUUAAGAAAAGUAGAAAAGAAAAAGAAGAGAAAAUUUCAGGUUUGUAAGACAAUACAUGAAGCAACAAAAACAUGUUCAGCAGGUAAAUCACUACAAAGAUUGCCUAGUUGUUGUGUUCCCUAGCCCAAGAGAUCUUGGAUGAGAAAG